AUGUUAACAAGUAAGUAUAUAGAGCAAGCGAAGAUACUCCAGAAGAGGAAGGUCAAUAUAGCUUCUGUUCAGGAGACCAGGUGGGCAGGAUCGAAGUCGAAAAAUGCAGACAGGUUUAAAUUGUGGUACUUUGGACGCGUGAAGGGCAGGAACGGAGUGGCUAUUUUGGUGGACAGGGAGCUCAGGGAGUCAGUGGUUGAAGUUAGGCGGGUGAAUGACAGAUUGAUGGCGAUUAAGUUAGUAGUUGGAGGGAGCACUAUGAAUGUCGUUAGUGCGUACGCACCACAAGCGGGCUUGGGCGAGGAGGUCAUAGGCUGGGGGAUAUGGCGAGGUGCACGGUGGCUUCGGCUUUGGGACAGGAACGUAGGUGGCACUUCCCUAUUGGAUUUCGCUAGGGCUUUUGAGUUGGUGAUUGUGAACUCUAGUUUCUCGAAAAGGGAGGAGCAUUUGGUUACCUUCAAGAGUAUGGUGGCUAAGUCCCAGAUUGAUUAUAUCCCCCUCAGGAUGUGUGAUAGGGAGGUAUGCGAGGAUUGUAAGGUGAUCUUGAGUGAGACCCUCGCGACUCAAAAUAGGCUCCUGGUGAUGGAUGUUGGUGUCAUGAUAAAGAAGAAGAAGAGGUUUGUACAGGGUCAACCGAUGAUCAGGUGGGGUGAUUUGCCUAAGGAUACUGCGCAUGAGUUGGAGGGUCGGCUAUUGGCUAUGGGUGCCUGGAAGAGUAUUAGGGAUGCUAGCGCUAUGUGGAUGGCGACGACGAACUGUAUUAGGGAGGCAUCAUGA